AUGAACGAGCUCCGAAAUAGAAUUCACAGCUUCCCAGGCUGGGGAUAUGUCAUAUAUCGCACUACCUACUCUGCUGAAUCAGAUACUCUAUUCCCAGACGCUAUUAGGUACAUUGAGGCCUGUAUUAAACGAGACUUUUUCUCGGAAAACGAAAACGAUCCUACAGAUGAAGCAAACGAAAUCUGGGCCAAACACCGGUCGACCAUCAUGCAGGAUCCCGAGCAAUUUAACGGGACUUCUCUCGAGGCAAUUCGCGCUCAUUUUGAGGCGUGGGUGAACGCUCAAGGCAGACGUGACAACUGGACCAAAUUUCGAAUGUGCAUGAUCAUCGAUGACGAAUCCCUACAAACGCUGAAAGGCACAUCAGUCGAGACCCUUGAAAAUGAAAGGCCAGAGGAUCUCGAUAAUGAGCUACGAUGUGUAAAGGUUCUUGAAGCAUUUCCGAUUAUGGAUGAACUUGACACAUUUCCGGGGUGGAUGAGAUGUUGGACAUCGGCGCUGUGGGAUCUCUGGACGAUGAUGGGAGAUGGUGAUGAGAUGAGGCAGUUAUUUGACUCCAUUGAUGGUUUUCCAUUUGAGGGGGUUUACUGUGGGUGA